GAGGCCUUGAAAGCGACCGGGUUAGGAGGGAAUCAGCAGAAAAAAUCCGCACCGGGGAACGUCCCAGGGAGGGAGAGGGUAAGGCCGGCUCAGCAACAGCGGCCGGGCCGUGCGGGGGGUUUAACUCGAUGGACAGCUCGGACGAGCUGGUGACCCAGGGCCUGAGGCAGCAGUUCCAGGCCCUGCAGGAGCAGCAGCAGCAGAGGAGGAGGCAGAGGAUGGCGCUUGUACGCUGUGAGAAGAAGGAGCAGGGCCCCGGCCCCGCGGGCACCUCCACACUGUCGGAGGAAGACCUGGGGCUGCAGCUGGUGAAGGCCGAGAUCUGCAGCACUACCGACAUCAGCAAAAGCUUGCUGGAGAACGAGAACGAGCUGCUACAGGAGCAGAUCCAUGAGCUAAGGGAUGAGAAUGGACGACUUUACAAACUCGUUAAUGAAAAAAAUUUCGAAAUCAAACACCUGAAAAAGAAAAGUGAGGAAGAUCGACUUGCUCUGGCAGGAACAGCUGGUAUAGCAGGGGACGUGGCUGCAACCAAAAUUGUCGAACUAUCCAAACGGAAUCGUGAGCUAACCGUGGAAAAUGAGAGCAUGAAAUCCAAAAUCAAGCAGCUGGGCAACAAGUUACAGGAGCUGGAAAAGCUUGAUGCCACUCAAACAGCCAGCACCAAAGAAUCAUCUGGACGCACCAACAAAGAAUUGUCUCCCAGGAUACAAAACAGCUCACUGCAGUCUGACAUCCUUGAUGCAAAAGCCCUACAUGAAAAACUUGCAGCAACCAAUCUAAAACUGAUUGAGUCUCGAAACCAAAUACUGAGUGUCAAACAAGAGUUGAAAAUGGCCCACAAGGUAUUAGCUAAUGAAGUGGGAGAAGAUGUGAAUAUUCAACAUUUAUUGAAUAACAAGGGGACAUGGCGCGGGAGAGCUCAGCAGAUCCAAAUCUUGCAGAAGAAGAUCCAAGAGUUGGUAAGCCAAAUGGGGCUAAAUAACCAGAAGGGACGGCCAUCUGAACACAGUGUGGAAGAGGAAAUGCUAGGUAUUUCAGGAUUGCGGCGUUUGUCAAAUCAAGACAAAAAUGUAGCAUACAUUCGUACACUAGAGAAAGAAAGAAAGGAAGCAUUGGAAAAAAUGACUGGUGACCAUGAGAGGUUGAAAAAAGAUCACGAGGAACUCAAAAAUAAAUUUGAUGGAUCAAAAGCCCGGAACAAAGUUCUGUCCAGUGAGCUCAAGAUUUUGAAGAGUCAAGUGGUGACCCUUCUUGAAAAAGGGAAGCAUGAUGAUGAACUGGUUGGUGCAUUGCUGAAACAGCAGAAACAAAUGCAGGAGAUUAUGGGCCGUUUAAGUCAGCAUGAGUCAAAGAAUAAGGACACCAGCCAAAUUCUGAGCCAGCAGCAGAACUGUGAAACCCAGAAGCAGGGCUCUGUGAUUGGAGAAUUAAAACAGAUGGUAACUGAGCGGGAAGCUAAAGUGAAAGAUCUUGAGAAAGAGAUCAAACAACUGUUACUAAAGCAACAUCAAGAGAAGAAGCUUUCAGAUGACCAGAUGGUGGUGAAUCUCCCCAAGUAUCGUCCUUCCUCAGCUCAGCUAGAUAAGACCAAUGGGCAUUCAACCGAGAAUUCUAUUUCAGCUGAUGCUGAAAUCACAGGGAGACCACUUUCUGCUCGAGCACUGUCCAAAAUGGGGCACACCCUGAUUGAAUGUGCAACAGUGCGACCCCUCUCAGGGAAUGCAGUCGGAAGGUGCAUCAGCGUGAAUGGAACUGAUGCAAAAGCUCUUCAGUUACAGUGCACAGAAUACAAAGCCUUUUACCAAGCCGCAGAAGUAGAAAGGGACAAACUAACGGAGCUAGUUACCAUUCUACAGAAGAGGUUAGAAGAUAGUAAUGACAAGAUUUUGGAAACUGAACAGAAGCUCCUCGAGCAGCGGCGGUGGUCUGUGACUUUGGAACAACAACUUGGAAAAGCCAAACUGGAUGCAGGAAAGACCCAUGACAAACCUUCAAGUAAAAAUAAAGCAAUUUCAUCCAGCAGCACAGGCCGUCAGUGUCAGAGCCUGUGUGGCAGUGGGGACCUAAUUCCUGGAAGGCCAUUGACCACAGCUUUGGAUAUUCAAGUGGAAGAACUGAAUACCCGACUUGCCAUACAGGUGGAUGAGAAUGAAGCCUUAAAAACCGCUUUGCAAAGCACUUUAAAAGCUAAAGAAGAAGAUCUGAAAUUGUACCAUGACACAGUGGCCCAAGUGAAGCAGGUCUUCUUGCAGGUUCUUCGACAGCACAAAGAGAAAACUUAAAUUGAGCACUUCCCCUGAAGAGACAUUUGUUGAUUUAUUGUUGAGGAGGCAUUUGAAGAACAGACAUGGUGAAAAGAGGAGAGGAACAAACUCAACUCAGUGCCACAUUAGCCCACACGAUUGUAAACUAGUCAUCGGACUCAUUGAGUGAUUAUCAGACAAUCAUUUGGUUCCUCUCUUGCCUUUUUUAACUGAAAGAACUGAGGAGCUAAAGUCAUGCAAGAUGUCAAAUGAGGCAAGUUAGUCAGCCCAUCUGUGAUCACUCUCAUCACGCUACCCGACUGUGCUUUAAAUUGCUCUUGGGGUUUUUAAUCCCAGUUGAAGUCCAUUUCAAGUAUGUAUCAAUUACAGUAAUGCCGGAAAAGGGACAAUAAAUAUAGGAAGCAGUUAGGACCAGAAACAGCUGUACCUUUUCUAACACUUACAUGUCAAUGAAAGGGAUUAAAAUUGGUUUGUAAGCGUUGUUUCUUUCCAAUAGACACAGCAACUGUUAAGGUUAACUCCAAAUUAAGCUCACUUUGUUCUGUGCAAUCAGAUAUCAAAGAUUGCAAAUCCACCUUAUAGGAAGCAGACGUCCAAUAACAGAGUUGAUGUGCCAAGUGUCUUAUAAAGUAUGUGAUUGAGAAAAUGAGAUACCUAUCUCACUGGUACCUUAAUACCAAUUUUCAUAUUCAGCAGAUUCUGGAGAUGCAAGUUUUAGAAAAUGUUAAUCAAAUCCAAUGCUGCAGUCACUCCAAUAGGAAUCUCUUUUUUAGAGCAAGGGCACAUCCAAAGGUGAGCAGAUGAAGAUACAAAAUUUGUCUAAAUGAAUUGCCAACAAUUCAGCAUUCUCUAUCUAAAGCUGGAAAUUUAGCCUGCCUCAGUUAUGUAUAUUCUUCCUUCCAUCAAGAUUGAGAUAUGUUGUUAGGGAUGUUGCAAAUUGCAGUGAGAGCUUACAGUGUCUACCCAAAGAAUACAUGAGAUGUCAAUAUCUGCCUGGCAGGAAGAUGUCACUUUCCCAUCACUGUUCUCCUUCAACUCAGUGAACAUGUAUACAUUGCAAACAAAUGCAGCGGUCCACUAGAUCUAAAUGUGUCUAUGUAUUAGCCUCAUCUAACAAUAAAUGUUCCUUCAUUUUGUUAACAGCUUAAUUUUAUUUUUGAAAAUCAAAAAAAUGAGAAAUAAAUCAAUGGAGGGAAUAGACUAUAAGUUUAACACAUGAUAAUAGAGAAAUGAAUGAGACUGAAGGUAGAUAAAUCUCCAGGAUCUGCUGUUUCCAAUAAAUAAACAAACCAAUGAAGAAAUUCCAAAUUUGUCAUGAUCUCCCAAAACUCUCUUUCAGGAGUUGAUACAUGUCACACAGACCGGAUAAGAAUGGAAGAUUUCUUUCCAUUAUUGAACUAGAUGGACUUUUAUGAUUUGAUUUAUUAUUGUCACAUGUACCUAGGUACAGUGAAAUGUUUUGCAUGCAGUACAGGCAGAUUAUAACAUACAAAGAUCACAAGGUUAUAGAACAGAGUGCUGCAAAGAAAGUGUACAAAAAGUAAGAUCAGCAUUGGAUUUGAAAUUGGAGAGGUCCAUUUAGAAGUCUAUUAAAUGUGGGGAAGAAACUGUUCUUGAACCUGUUGUUAUGUGUGUUUAUGUAUUUGUAUCUUGUGCCUCACAGAAGAGUUUGGAGGAGAUUAUAACCAGGGUGGAAUGGGGCUUUGAUGAUGUUGGCUGCCUUACAGAUGCAGCGAGAAGUAUAGUCAAUGGAUGGAAGGUUUGCUUGCAAGAUAGACUGGGCUGUGUUCACAAUUCUCUGUAGUUUCUUACGGUCCCGGACAAACCAGUUGCCAUUACCGAGCCAUGAUGCCUCAAAAUAGAAUGCUUUCUAUGGUGCAUCUGUAAAAGUUUGUAAAUGUUGAAUUUCCAUAGCUCUCUGAGGAAGAAGAGAGGUUGUUGUGCCUUCUUGACCAAUGCCUCAAUUUAGGGGGUCCAGGACAGAUUGUUAGUAAUCAUCACACCUUAGAACUUGACACCCUUGACCUCCUCCACCUCAGCUCCAUUGAUGUUGGGCGUGUCCUCCUCCUUGCUUCUGGAAGUCGAUAACCAGCUCUUUGGUUUUGCUGAUAUUGAGGGAGAGAUUGUUAUCUACACCACAAAGCCAAGCACUCUCUCUUUCCUAAGUCUGGGAGUUUGGAGAUUAGUUUAGUUGGGAUUAUAGUACUGAAGACAGAGCUGUAAACAAGAAGUAGAAGCCUGACAUAGGUUUCCUUAUUAUCCAGAUGUUCCAAUGAUGAGUGUAAGGAUAGGAAAAUGGCGUCUGCUGUGGAUCUGUUGCACCAGUAGACAAAUUGCAAGGAAUUGAGGCAAGCUGGGAGGCUAGAGUUGAUAUGAGCCAUGACUAACCCCUCGAAGCACUUCAUAAUUAUGGAUGUCAGAGCCACCAGGAUAAUCAACUAGUUACAUGAUCACCAUUAUUUAGUUAUAAUCAUACAAUACAGAAAAGGCUAUACACUCUAUGAAUCCAUACCACCAAAAAUACACUAUAUCUACACUAGUCAUAGAAUCAUUGAGUUAUAUAGCAUGGAAACAGACCCUUCAGUCCAAUUCAUCAUGCUGACUAGAAAUC